AUGAUGACACUUGAGUCGUUGGAUUGGUCUCAGGCUGCCGACCUUUUGCACGGCAGUCUCGAGGUGGGAUCCUGGACCGCCCUACACGAAUCGAUCCACGCCAAGAUUCUAAAGGGCGAGUACUCGCCUGCACUCACGGAGGCACAGACAAAUCUGCAAAAGCUUCACGAUGCGGGCUGCCAGGAAGGCGUUGCAGUUCUUCUCGUUGCAGAGGCAGAGUGUCUUUCAGCAUUUCGGAACUGGCGUGCAGCCGUUGGGGCUGCAACAGAAGGACUGCUGCUUGCACAGCGGUUGUCGCUCAGGUCUCUGGAAUGCUAUGCAUCCUUCGCAGUCCUUCCUUAUGCAUACUUGCAGCUGGGAGAAUCAGACAAAGCAUCUGAAGCUGCCCAACAUGCUUAUGAACUCUGUCGUCAAAUCGUUGACCGGAAGAUGCGAGCGAAGACGUGUAUGGCAGUGGCCAGAGUUCUUCAACUGGUAUCGUCGGACGCAUCAGAUGCAGAGACUUGCAUCAGGGAGGCACUAGUAGCUUUUCGAGCGUUGGACGAUCCAGUUGGAGAAGCUGCAGCGCAAUCCUCUUUAGCUCAGGUCCUGGUUGCUCAAGAUGCCUGCCACGAAGCGGUAAGGCCUGCGAGAGAGGCCGUGCGCCUUUCUUCUGAGAGGGGCCGCUGUCUUGCUGCAGCGCACGAGGCACUUGUGGCAGCUCUGCUCGGAUGCAACAGAGUGGCGGAGGCAAGACAGGCUGCUGAGGGCGCGCUGUCUGAAGUACGGCAGCAGGGAGACAAGAAUGGAGAAGCGGCUUUGCUUGUCGCAUUGGCCCAGACCCUUGCAGCGGAGAAGGGCGCCUCCGAGGAGGCUUUGUCAACUCUUCAGGAAGCUCUCAAGCUACGUCAACAGAUUAGCUUGGAGAUGUCCGCAAAAGUUCAUCUGGAGGCUAGCAGGCUUCUGUGCCGUAGCGGGAUGCUGGAUGAGACCCUUGAGCAUGCUCAGGAAGCUUUGGUAUCAUUUCGCCAAGCUCGAGAUUGGCUUGGAGAGAGAUCUGCCAAUGUGGUUCUCAGCGAGGUGUACACUCGUCGUGGUGAGCCACAGCUGGCACCGAACAGGCCUGAAGCCAUGCGAUUGGUGAAGGACAUGGCCCAGGCUGUGCAAGAGCGGAAUGCAGACCAUUACCACAGCGCCGCUGCAAAGUAUGCCAGUCUGGCGAUGUCUGGGGCACCUGUUUCUACUUCAGAGCAACGCGAGAUCUUCAAAGGCAUUUUGCAGAGGGAUGUGGGCCCCUCUGGAGAUUUCAUCCGCGCCAAUGCUGUAUCGACCACAUCCUCUACCAUGGCAGUUGGCUCCACUUUCAAGAAAGCAGAAAAAACGGCAUUCUACGUCCACUUCCGCAACUCUGGCAUUGCCUAUGGACCCAGGUACCGUGCUGUUGAUAUGGCCAUAGGUCGGAGCACUCCAGCCAAAGGUGACGAGUUUGAGGCCGCUGCCUAUGCAGUGUACCAGAUCCAAGAGGAUGCGGAAGACUGGGAAAGGUCUCUCAGCUCACAUCCGUCUCUGCUGGAUGCAGCUCUGCAGUCGGGCUCGAUCAUCGGACUCGCUCAGCAUCUCUAA